CAAACCAGAAAGAAGGAACCAGAAAGAACAGCAGACAAGUUCGAUUUCACAUUUCUCUAACUGCAGCAGACAUGGUGAAGAGAGACAGAGAGGACACGGAGGUCGAGGCCCUCGCCAUGGCCAACUGCUUGAUGCUCCUCUCCCGUGUCGGCGAGAGCACCGACCCAUCGUCCUGGCCGAUGAACCGCAAGUCGCGUUCCGGGGAGCGGAUGUUCGCGUGCAAGACGUGCAACCGGGAGUUCUCGUCCUUCCAGGCGCUGGGAGGGCACAGGGCCAGCCACAAGAAGCCGAAGGUGAUCUCCGGCGACCUCUUCCACCUCGGCCGCUCGGGGGAGUCGUCGCCGGCCAAGCCGAAGACGCACGAGUGCUCGAUAUGCGGCCUCGAGUUCCCAAUCGGCCAAGCCCUCGGCGGUCACAUGAGGAGGCACAGGGCCGCCAUCGCUGAGGCGGCUACAAAGCCUGUGCCGGUGUUGAAGAAAUCGAACAGCAAGAGGGUCAUGUGCUUGGAUUUGAACUCGUCGCUGACGGAGGACGACUUGACCUUGCGUUUAGGAAAGGUUGCGCCGCCCUUGGUGCUAGAUCUCGUUUUGUAGGGGCUUAGAGAACGUAGAUUGUGUACAAAGCAGUUUCUAGUGGGUGCGGACAGUUUUCUUAUCUUUCUUCGAAUUCAUUGAUUUAUAUUUCGAAUCAUAGUCACUGUAUUUUGGCAUGGAUAUUCUCCUUUGUUACAUGAACAAAAUAAUAUGUUUGAACGAGA